AUGGGUUUCGCCGGGGCUUCUCGAGUCCUGACCCUUCUGAGCUUCCUCAUCCUCGUCAAUCUCCUCCUUGCUGACGUUGCGCAAGCCAAGUCAUUCCUGAAAGCCGAUUUGGCCUGGAUUGGCAUGCGUAAAGCCAACGAUGACCUUCAGCCAAACCUCACCGAUCUACUCGCUUUCAGAGACCCCAACCAAGACCCGGUCCUCAAGAAGGCCAUGGUCGUCAUUGACAACCUCGCUACUCGGUCUACCUGUCAUCAAUCCGCCGCAGCUCAAUUGCUGAUCACUUGCAAAGCUGUUGGAAAAGACCUCGCUGAAGAGCAGGGCAAGCAUGAGCUCUUGGAGCGGGGCAAAUCUGUCUACGCAGUCAGAGUUGCUGUCUGUGAGACUGGUGAAGGCCGCGCAGCGAUUCCUGCCUCAUGCGAGUCUGUCGUGUCUGUUCCACGCCGCUCUGACCAGGGAAUCGAGGUCGUCAGCGGCAAGCUUUUGUCUACCUGUCUGGAAGCUCUUAUGGGCGAACAUUACUACUGGACAAGCUAUAGCAACAACCGACAAGAUGCCAACACCUUGUGUCAAGCCGGAUCACUUGAGGCGACAAGAUUGGAAGCACUUCGAUCCUACGGCAAGCUGGCUGAGCUCAUUCCUGAGUUUCGUGACGCUCUGCUGUCAGCUCGGUCUCAGUGGCAAGGUUUCAUGAAGCAGCAAGAAGAAGAAGCUCGGCUCGUGAACCAGCUCCAGCAGAAAUACAAAGUUGAACUCAAGGAACAGCACAAGAUUGAACUGGGAGCGUUGCGUCGCGCCAUGAACGUUGCUAAAGAAGGCUUGGAUGAGGUCUCUCGGGGCUUCCAACAAUCUGUCGCAAAGACCGGCUCAGAUAUCGGCCGUACACAAGAGGUUCUCGGACACGUUUUGACUGAUUUUGGAAACUUGCGAAGCUCCUUGGCCAACAUCAUCGAAGCCACUGCAAAGAACCAUGCCGAGGCUGCGGCGGCUCAGGCCAAAGACAUGCAUAGCGUUCAUGCCCUUGCGCUGGCUACCACGGAGGUUCUGAGUGAGCUACAGGCUAACGAAAUUGCUCAAGAUCUCAAUGAGCUGUUCCAACGCGUCAAGGCCCAGUUGAAUCAGGUUCUCGUUGCACAAGCCCUUCAAUUGACAGGCGUCGAAAGCCAUCUGGCACUCAGCAAGGAGUUGACUGAAGCUCAGAAAGCCAGCUUGGUUCUAGGAGAAGACAUCAAAGGUUCGACAGCGUCAUUGGCAUCAGAACUCGACAGUGCCAGCCUUGUUGCAGGACGGGUCUCUUGCAAGCUCGAUAAAGUCAACCAAGCAUUGGCCCAAGUUGAGAAAGCAUCCUCGGUGUUGACCACUAUUUCUGCCAUGUUGUCAAUCCCCUCUCAAUUCGCCGAACACCUCCAUCUGAAACUCUUGGUAUUCUUUGCAACAUUGACUAUGGUGCUCUACUUUUGGACGCCUCGCAAGUAUUCAUACAGUGUGAUGGCCACCUAUGUCUUUCUUGAGGAACUUAUGUCCUUAGCCACAGAAUACCACGGCAAGAUCUCAAGCGUCACUGGUGGAUUAAGAUCGCUUUGCCAUGCUAUAGCGUCACGGAGCCUCGAGUUCAUUGAUCAGCAUAUGCCGUUCUUCGCUUUGGUUGGCUUUUUCUGCCUUACCAUUGGCUUGGCCAUGUGGACAUCUUGCAACACUCUCAAGGCAGAGAACUGGGAGGUUCCGUUGACAUCCAAGGAAACCAUCCUGGACGAGGAUUGCACCACUGCGACCCAAUACUACAAGGCACACCGUCUACGUAACGGCAGACUUUUGCGUGCUAAUUCGGACCGCUUCAUCCGAGCUGCCACCGUCGGCUAG